AUGAUGGAUAAUACAUCACAAUUAUUGGCUAUUGGGUCAGGAAUUAUUUUAGCAGUUGUUUCAUAUAUUUUAAUAGAUUAUUUUGGUAAGAAAUUACAUUUUAAACAAAGAUUUUUCAAUAUAUUUUGGGGAUUUAUAUUAGGACCAAUAAUUGAAAAUAAAUUAAAAACAACAAAAGAAAAAUUAUUUUCAGAAGCAAAUGGAAAAGUAUUAGAAAUUGGUAGUGGAACUGGUUCAACUUUUAAAUAUUUAAAUUUUGAAAAUAUAUCAACAUUAAUAUCAAUUGAACCAAAUCCAUUUAUGUUUAAUGAAUUAGAGAAACAAUCAUUAAAAUAUGUUAGAAUUGAUGAUAAAAAUAAAAAAGAUAAAGAAGGUUCAAAUGAUAAUGAUAAUGAUAUUGAUAAUGAUGAAAUAAAUAAUAAUAAUAAUAUUAAUAAUAAUAAUAAUAUAAACUCAAAUAGAAUUAAAAUACUUUCGAAAUCAAUUGAAAUGUCAAUAAAUGAUAAAGAUAUUGAAUAUUUAUCAUUUGAUACUAUUAUUUGUAGUUUGGUUUUAUGUUCAAUAAAAGAUGAAAAGGAAAUUAUAGAUAAUCUAAUUAGAUUAUUAAAGCCAGGUGGUAAAUUAUUAUUUAUUGAACAUAUAGCAUCUGAAAAAUAUCAUUGGAGAAUAUUUCAAAAUAUAAUUAAUCCAUUUUGGUCAUUAAUUGGCGAUAAUUGUAAACUAACUAAAAAAACUGACAAAUUAAUUAAAUCAAUUAAAGGUUGGGAAAAAGUUACAAUUUCAAAUAUUUUUACCCCUUUACCAUUUAAUUUUAUUCAAGGAAUAGCAAUCAAAGAAUUAUAA